AUCACACACACACACACACACACACAGAAAGAGCUGAGUUAUGAGCAGUGAGGAGCUGUAGCCUGGAGAUACUCCUCGUCUCUUUCUUGUUCCAACAGCAAUCACUGGGUGAGCCUAAGAUGACUCAGAAUUCAUUGUAUGCAAAUACCUAAAUGCAGCGGGAGAUAAAACGGAAGAGCAAACCGUCUGUGCUGCCGUUCAUACUUUCUGUGGAAUACAAACCCUUGGAUUUAGACUUGGACUGUAGAGUUAAGACACCAUGGACUCGGAAGUGGUCACGGGAGCACGCAGACAGCACGCAGACAGCAAGUGUGAGCGGUCUAAUUUUCUGCAGGAACAUGAGGAGGUACAGGAGCAGUCACUCCAUUAUGAGGAAAGGAUAACUGAGCUCCACAGCGUCAUCGCUGAACUCAAUGAGAAGAUUGGUCUGCUGCAGUGCACAAUCAUCAGAGAAGAUGAGUUUUCAGAGUUACACUGCGAGCUCAGCCAUAGCCAACAGGAACCCAGUGAAGACGAGCACAGUGUGGACCAGGACCCGGACCAGGACCCUGACCAAGCAUCUCGUGUCUCAUUGCCUGAAAACCAGUCAAUGCUGGUCACUGCAGACAUGGAUAACUGCAGUGAUCUAAAUUCGGAGUUGCAACGGGUGCUGAUGGGCCUCGAGAGUGUCGUGUGUGGCCGCAAGAAGACUGCCUGCAGCCUCUCAGUGGCUGAGGUGGACAGACAUAUUGAGCAGCUCACCACAGCCAACCAGCACUGUGACAUUGCCAUUAAGACUGUAGAGGAGAUCGAGGGGGCACUGGGCAAAGAUUUUUACCCAAGUCUGUGUGAGGAGCGUAUUCGCUGGGAGAAGGAGCUGGCGGGUUUGCAAGAAGAGAAUGAGAGUUUGACAGCGAUGCUUACCAGCAAGGAUGAAGAGCAUAACUGCACCAAAGCCACCAUGAGUGCCAUUCGUGAGGAGAGAGACCGCCUCCGCCACCGUGUGCGGGAGCUGCAGAUUCGUCUACAGAGUGUCCAGCCUGGUGGGGGACAGUCCAGUCCUGGUCGUGUGACCCCUGCUGGGCGAUCCAUUAACCCGAGCACAGGCGAGCUCAGCACCAGCAGCAGCAGCAAUGACAUCCCUGUAGCAAAGGUGGCAGAGAGAGUAAAGCUUUCCAAAACCCGGUCAGAGUCAUCAUCAAUGGAGAGAGCCGUGCUGGGCUCAGAGAUUAGCAGUGUUGAGGUGUCCAAUAAUUUAGCGGAGCAUCUGGCACACUCUCUGCAGGACUGUUCUAACAUCCAGGAGAUCUUCCAGACACUUUACUCUCAUGGCUCGGUCAUCUCAGAUAACAGAACCCAGGAGUUUGAGGUUGAGACAGAGCGACUAAACAGUCGAAUCGAGCACCUGAAAUCCCAGAAUGAUCUGUUAACCAUCACGCUGGAGGAAUGUAAGAGCAAUGCAGAGAGGAUGAGUAUGCUGAUGGGCAAAUAUGAGUCCAACACUACAGCUCUGCGGCUGGCUCUGCAUUACAGUGAGCAGUGUAUAGAGGCCUAUGAGCUACUGCUGGCUCUGGCAGAGACGGAACAGGGUCUGCUGCUGGGCCAGUAUAGAGUGGCUAGAGUCAGCACUGUAGGAGAACAAACCAGUGAGGAGUGCAUCCCUCAGAUGCUGAAGCGAGCUCAUGACUGCAGGAAGACUGCAGAGAAUGCAGCUAAAGAUUUGCUGUUUCGGCUGGAUGGCUGCUGUGGAGGCAUAUUUACUGUCACUGGCUGCAAUGUGCAACCCUGGGAGAGCCUGUCCUCCAACAGCCACACAAGCACAACUAGCUCCACGGCCAGCAGCUGUGACACAGAGUUCUCUAAAGAGGACGAGCAGCGUCUGAAAGAUUAUAUCCAGCAGCUGAAGAAUGAUCGAGCGGCUGUUAAGCUCACCAUGCUGGAGCUAGAGAGUGUACACAUCGACCCUCUAAGCUAUGACAUCAAACCAUGUGCAGACUCACACCGACUUGACCUGGAGAAUGCUGUGCUCAUGCAGGAGCUCAUGGCUAUGAAGGAGGAGAUGGCAGAGCUAAAGGCUCAGCUUUAUCUGUUGGAGAAGGAGAAGAAGGCUCUGGAGCUGAAGCUAAGCACCCGGGAGGCACAAGAACAGGCAUAUUUGGUACACAUUGAGCAUCUGAAAUCGGAGGUAGAGGAGCAACAGGAACAGCGCAAAAGGUCACUCAGUUCUAUAGGCAGCAGCACCAAGAACAAAAGUGCCAAAGACUCUGAUUCUUCCAUGAUUAAGGCAUCAGACCUGAGAAGUCUCAAUGACAGUGACCUGGCAGCAGAGCUCACCAUUGCCCUCCAUAAGGAAAUGAAACUGAAGGUUCGAGUGAAGGACCUGGUGGCUGUGCUGGAGAAACUCACAAAAAGUAGUGAGAUUCAUCACCAGCAAUCAGCAGAGUUUGUCAGUGACCUCAAACGAGCCAACAGUAACCUGGUGGCGGCUUAUGAGAAAGCCAAAAAGAAACAUCAGAACAAGCUGAAGAAGCUGGAGUCCCAAAUGAUGGCCAUAGUGGAGAGACAUGAGACGCAGGUGCGAAUGCUCAAACAGCGCAUCACUCUUCUGGAGGAGGAGACAUCACACCCGCACACCAAUGAGACCUCCCUCUGAUGCACAGACAGACUUGGUUAUACAAACUCAGAAAAUAGUGCGUUCUUGCGCACAUUCCUCCUUAAAACCUUCUAUAUCUUCACUACUCAACCAUUGAGUCAGCCAAAUAUAACCAAUAGCAUCAAAGUCCCUUACUAACAAGUGAGAGCUGUUAGUUAUUCGAGGCACAUAUACAGUGGUGCUUGAGAUUUGUCAACCCUUUAGAAUUUUCUGUAUUUCUGCAUAAAUAUGACUUAAAACAUCAUAAGAUCUUCAGACAAAGUAGACCAAGCGAACCAUAUUAAUCAAAUGAGACAAAAAUAGUGUACUUCAUCAUUUACUUACUGAGGAGAAUGAUCCAAUAUUACAUAUCUGUGAGUGUCAAAAGUAUGUGAACCUUUGUUUUCAGUAUCUGAUGUGACCCCAUUGUGCAGAAAUAACUGCAACUAAACAUUUCCAGUAACUGUUGACCAGUCCUGCACAGCAGCUUAGAAGAAUUUUAGCCCAUUCCUCAAGUACAGAACAGCUUCAGCUCCGGGAUGUUGGUGGGCUUCCUCACAUGAACUGCUUGCUUUUGGUCCUUCUACAACAUUUCUAUUGGAUUAAGGUCAGGACUUUGACUUAGCCAUUCCAGAACAUUGUCAUUCUACAGAAGAUUAUUCUAGCAAGUCACUGACUUGCUGCAUGACCCACUUUUUCUUGAGAUUCAGUUCAUGGACAGAUGUUCUGACAUUUUCCUUUAGAAUUCACUGGUAUAAUUCAGAAUUUAUUGUUCCAUCAAUGAUAGCAAGUCCUCCUGACCUAGAUGCAGCAAAACAGGCCCAAACCAUGACACUACCACCAACCUGUUUCACAGAUCGGAUAAGGUUCUCAUGCUGGAAUGCAUUGUUUUCCUUUCUCCAAACAUAACACUUCUCAUUAAACCAAAAUGUUCUAUUUUGGUUUCAUCUGUCCACAAAACAUUUCUUCCAAUAGCCUUCUGGGCUUGUCCAUGUGAUCUUUAGCAAACUGCAGCAAUGUUCUUUUUGAGAGCAGUGGAUUUCUCCUUGUAACCCUGCCAGGCACACCACUGUUGUUCAGUGUUCUCCUGAUGGUGGACUCAUAAACAUUAAUAUUAGCCAACGUGAGAGAGGCCUUUAGUUGCUUAGAAGUUACCCUGAGUUUCUUUGUAACCUCGUGGACUAUUACACAUCUUGCUCUUGGUGAUCUUUGUUGGUUGGCCACUCCUGGGGAGGGUAACAAUGGUCCUGAAUUUCUUCCAUUUGUACACACUCUAUUGGUGGAAUCCAAACUCUUUAGAGAUGGUUUUGUAAUGUUUUCCAGCCUGAUGAGCACGAAGAACUCUCUUUCUGAGGUCCUCAAAAAUCUUCAUUGUUCAUGCCAUGAUACACAUCCACAAAGAUCAGAGAAGCUCAGACUUAAAUCCCUGUUCUUUAAAUAUAACAGGGUGCUCUUUCACACCUGAUUGUCAUCCCAUUAAUUGAAAAGAUUGUUGGGUGAAAAUUACGAUAGAAAUAAAACACAAGGGAGACAAGCAUGGGAAAAUAGGGGGGUUUAUUGCAGAUGGAUGGUAACAUAGUUCAGGUCAUAGCUUAUGUCCUGGAAGGAAGGAGGGAGUAAAGGAUGCUGCCCAGCUGAGAAAAUAAACAAAAAGAAUAGGGUUAUACUCUCCCACACUGGCUUAGGCAUUACAUGAAGUGCUACAACACACAUGCGCUCACACAGGAUUAAAUAUAAGGAAUUGUUACGAUUCCCCCUUGAGACAGCGCUGCAGUUUUCAGUAUGCUCGAAAAGCCGAGGCGUGUGCGCAUGCACGAGCCAGGUGCGCGAGUGCUCAGUGAACGCACGUUUUUCAGUGUUUAAUGACUGUGACUUUGUUUACUGUGGACACGUGUGUUUUAUGAUUAUGUUCUGUCUCCGCCUCGUUUAGUCAUUGGUUGUUUUCCGUUAGGUGUGUCAAUAUUGUUUCCAGCUGUCCGCAUUUAACCACGAUUACGUGUCAUUUAAACCCCUCGUGUUUCUGUGCAAUUUGCGCAGUAUUGAGUUAUCUCAUUACCAAGUUGUUGUUUCUCGUUUCGUGUUUUGACCUGGUUUCUCGUGACCUCAUUGUUGAUUCCAGCCUAGCCCAGUUUAUGCCCGUUUGCCAAUCGCCUGACCCUUUGCCUGUCUUGACCAUGUGUCUGUAUUACAAUUUGGAUUUGUCUGACUGCCUCUCUCCUUAUUAAACGUCUUGAUUUGCAUUUGCAUCCGUACUCAACUCCCUUACGUCUCGGAACGUUACAGGAAUAGAAGAAUAAGUUACAUACUAGACAUAUAAUGAUAAGAAGAAGACAAUAGUGUUGAUUGCAGAAAACAAGUAAAAUGUAUGCACUCACCCACAGUGAAAAGCAACGGGAGAUUGAAGAAAAAGGACAAGGUCCUCACUCGUUGAUGGCCAAAAUGAUAAUGCCCUAGGGAGCUGAUGAGGUUUUUAAAAAAGGGAAAUUGAAAACAGCUGAACUUAAGGGAAUGGGAAAAAACCCAAAAACAGGAACUUAAGGGCAUGUGAAAAACCUGAAACAUAUAGGGCUGGAAAAAAGCUUUAACUGUAAACAUACUGGGAAUGGAAGAAACCAAAACUCAUACAUAUUGGGAAAGGGCAAAUUAGGGGGCAGACCCAAGGGAUAGCAAACUCUAUAAAAAGGAAGCCCGGACUAAAAGGAAUUCAGAUCACUUUGGGACGUCUCAGUGUGUGGAUCUCGUGUUGGUGAACAAUAAAAUUGGACCCUUGCUUUUCUCACUCAUGGUUCUUUGUUUUUCUUCAUCCACAAGAUGAUGUAAGUAUUUGACUUAAAAACUUGGUAGUGUUUAACUUUUUUUGGAAAUUGGGCCCACGAGACCUGACUCUCCCCUUCAAAUUAACUGCUAAUCCUAGAGGUUCACAUACUUUUGCCACUCACAGAUGUGUAAUAUUUGACCAUUUUCCUCAAUAAAUAAAUGACCAAGUAUAAUAAUUUGUAUCAAUUAUUUAAAUGGGUUGUCUUUGUCAACUUUUAGGACAUUGGUGUGAAAAGCCGAUAAUGUUUUAGGUCAUAUUUAUGCAGAUAUCUAGAAAUUCUAAAGGUUUCACAAACUUUCAAGCACCACUGUAUGGCAACAGCCUUGUUGUAAGCCAGAAUGUACCUGCCACCUUUGCUGAAAGUAUUUAACACACAUAUCUUUAUAUGUUUCAUUACGGCACCGGACAAAAGUUCCUUGGCCGAUGCAGAUUUGUGAUUCAUCACUGAAUAUCACUUUCAUCCAAUCAUCCACACUCUUCUCUUUAGCCCACUGUAACCUUUUCUUCUGUUUAGGUGUUAAGGCUGGAUUUCGUUCGACUUGUCUAUAUGUAAAUCUCAUUUCAUUCAGCCGAUUUCUUACAGUUCUUUCAAACAUUGACUCAUGUUUCUGUCCAUUUGUUUUUCAUUUGUUUCUUUUGUUCAUUUUCUAUUUUCAAGGCAUAUUGCUUUGUUAUCUAUCGUGAUGCUUCUAUCCUGCAUCUUCCUUAGUCUACCCGUAUGUCUUCCUUUUAUAACCUUCCCAAUUUGUUUAUGCUUGCACCAACAUGUUCCGUGUUGGAUUUACUUUUUGAAGGAGUUUUAUAAUUCUUUCCAUUGUUUCAAUUGACAACUCUCGUGUUGGGGCCAUGUUUCCUUUCAAAAAGUCCAAGGUUAAGGUCUGUAAACAAUCACGUUUAACUGUAGAUUAAUGUGCAUUUUUAGACUCGUAGUGGUAUUUGUUUUAGAAAUGCAAAUUACAAGGUGAUUCCAUAAUUUGUUCCUCAACAUUGUCAUUCCAUAAUUUUGUCCUCUACUUGAUCCUGAAAAAAUAUGCCAUUAAUUAAAAUAAUUUCAUUUAACUUGUUUGAGAUGUUUCACAAAGCCAGAAUGUUCAGCUAUUAAACAAAAUUGUUUUGUGCCAUAUCUGUGAUUUCUUUAUUUGCUAUAAAGUAAAAAAGUUGGGUGAACAUCCUCUAAGGUUAAAAUAUAUAUAAGUACCAUAAUAACAAUGGUGCUGUUCAUUAAAUCUAGAGGAGAACCUGACUAAACAGCCAAAAGUUAUCAGAAAACUGUAAUGUCUGAUGAUUAUAGUCUCUGUGGGACAUCCACUUCACGUCUUAUGGUCUAACAUUAUUUGUCUGUUAAGCAUGCAUGAUUACAUAAAGCUUACAAUGAGUAUACACUGGUUAACUGUUAUCUAAAGAGCAGCACAUAAGCUGUCUGGGCCUCAUGCAGGAGACGUGCGCCAGAAUUCAGUUAUGCACAAGUUGCUAAGCAUACAGUAUGUCCAGGUCUCUCCUUCUGGCUUUAGGGUGUUUACGUAUCUUGCGUCUGGACUAUGAAGUGAGCUUAUCCAAGUUCCUACUUAUCUCCUGUUUUUCUAUUCAUUAAAUAAUUCACAUCCAGGUGGUAUCA